GGGCUGGGGGGAGUGAAAUUGAAAUAGCAUGUCAGUUUCUGAACGCAGGAAGGAAAUAAGUUUGGUUUGGCCUGUAGAAAGAUGCCACUUCCUCCAGUUGACUGCAUCGUGAGAGCGGAGCUGAAUUGAGGUCAGUGCUACUACUGCACAGAGGCGUUCUGUUCUGCACGGUUCAUUUGCAGACACACGUUUAGUUGAGUUCUAUAGCCUCGUCAUGCGUCAGCUGUGAAAAAUGAUCUUGGUAGUGCAAUGAUAACUUAACUUAACUACGUUCACCAUGCUGUUUCUUCUGCAAGACUGAAGUCAUUUAAAGCACCUGCUUGCAGCCACAAGGACAAUCCAAAGACAAAGGGUUUUCCUCCAAUCAGGGCAGCAAGAUCCCAUCUUAAACCUGGGAGAAAAAAUUAUGGCAGGUUUUGCCCUUCAGAUCUGGAGGGAUUUUAAAGUCUCAUCUCGCCACUGAAGCGGAGGAUCUCACCCUCCAUACACUGACUGAUCGGCCGCUGCUCCGAGAGAGGGACCUAGAGGCGGUGGGAGUGGACGGAGCGGGCGGGAGAGGGUUUGAAGGGUGACUCGAUCCUGUGCGGAAACGAACGGGACCAGGAGAGGUGGGGAGAGCGGGUGUUUUGUGAGACACCGGGUUGCACACAGGCCAUGGAUCUGAGCUUGCUUCAAACCCUGGAGAGGGAGAAGAUCCUGCAGGUUCUCCAGAGAGACCGAAUGCUGCGCACCAUCGAAGAGGAGAGAGUAAGGAGGAUGAAGCAGGAGCUGCAGGAGGUCCGCCGCCGCGGCGCCAAGAGCCUGUCCCGGCAGUACAGCGAGAGGACGUGCGCCCGCUGCCAGAGACCCCUGGGCAAGUUCUGGAACUCGGGGGACGUGUGCCGCGGCUGCAGCCACCGCAUCUGCAGCCGGUGCCGCGUGGGAGGGACCACGUCUUCUCAUUGGCUGCCGGAGUGGAGGUGUACCGUCUGUCACGCCUACAGGGACAUCAGGGUGCGCUCCGGCGAGUGGUUCUUGGAGGAGAGGGCUAAGAAGUUUCCCAUCACCACAGGCAGACAUGACACUGUUGGUGAGAAGCUACUGAAGUCAUACAGUAUGCUGAGUAAUAUAUCUAUCGUGCCACCCACUCCUCCACCCUAUCUUGACUGUCCCAUUUUCUGCAGAUCUGGGGACCCUCUCACACACUCUGCAUUUUUUACCAAAUCAGUGGAGGACCUGAUGGUUUCGUUCACCAGUCAAAUUAAGAAAAUUUCCAAGUCUCAGAAUGACGUGCGUAGCGACCAGGCUGACAAGCUGACCGUGGGGAACCCCACCCCAAUGUCCCCCACCCACUACACCGGGCAGAAGAGCCUGUCUGACACCGACAUCAAAUCUCUCCACCUGACCAGGGGCCACAGUAUGAGCAGCCUGUUGCACUGGAGUAAGGGCAACCAGGACGGCUUGUCCCCGGGGUCCGACGCGGAUCUGUCCCUCUGGGCCUCCGGGACCUGUAGCGGCAAGAGAGGCAGCGCCAGCAGCAUCGUCAGCGUGGACUGUGGGGCCUCUGACAGCAGCCGGAGUGUGACGGGGGCGCUGGAGCUGGCACUCGCUUACCACAACACCACUUCCUGUCUGCAGGUCACCGUCAGAGGCUGCCAGAACGUCAGCUACGGCAACGCCAAGAAGAAGAAGUGUAACCCGUACGUCAAGAUCUACCUGGAGACUGACAAGGCUCAGGCUAGUAAGAGGAAGACGUCGGUCAAGAGGAACACCACGGAUCCGGUAUAUAACGAAGUCCUACAGUAUCAGAUAGAGCGCCACCUGCUGCCUGCCUGCACCCUGCGGGCCUCGGUGUGGCACUCUGGCAGCCUGAAGAGGAAGGUGUUCCUGGGGGAGACACUCGUACCCCUGGAGGCCUGGAGCUCUGAGGAGAUGACCGUCGCCUGGUACCCGCUGUGCUCAAAGCGCCCCGUGGCUCCAGAAGGGGGCACAGUGGAGCAGGUGAAAGCGGAGAUGCACAUCAGUCUCAAGCUGGGGCCAACGUGUGAGACCUCCUCCAUCUGCCAAACACAUGGGGUUGAUAUUGGCUCACAAGGCUAUCAUCGACUAACUGUCCUUAUCAAAGGUGUCAAAAACCUUCCCAUUAAAGCAAACACUAGUCAGAACAUGGACGUCAAAGGGUGCCUGACCCUGUCCCGGGGUAGGAAGGUGCUCAGCUCCAGCCUGAGGAGCGGCGCCUGCUCCGACUCGGCCCAGCUGCUGUUUGACGGGCUGUCCCGCUCCGAGCUGGCGGACUGCGUGCUGGUCCUGGACGUGUGGGACCACACCCACCUCUCCCUGACGGACAGACCCCUCGGUGGCGCCCGGUUAGACGCCAAUAAGACCGGGUUGCCAUGGCAAACGGUGUUGCAGGCAACCAACAAGUGGCAUGACUUCAGCCUCCCUCUCGUCACCAACGUCAGCUCCAGGAGAACGUGACGCAGCAGCAGUGACACAAGGCCCACACCCACGCCACCUUUGCUCUGUUUACCCAUGGGACCUCCCUCCUGGUCCAUCCACGCUCCCUGCAGCGGCUGGUCUGGUGGUUCACAGGGAGGGCGGACGUACUCUAAAUAAGGAAGGAGGGAAGAAAAAUGUAUUUAAUUUAAAAAAAUUAGGAUUAGAUUUGGGAGUAAAAAUUAAUUCAUGAAUGUGUUUUUUUAUUUUUUUUUUAUUUAUAAUUAUUUUAUAUUUUUAUUGUCCACACCAGUACUCAGACGUGGACUCGGAUCCUGAAUGCAUUCGGACUCAUGUCAGAGAAUGAUUUGAUAAACGGUGCGAAAAAGGGAGUUUCAGAAUGUGAUCGCUCAUCUCUUGUGAGCGAUCCUCUUGUCAUCUCUGUGGCAGUGUGAUGUUGCUAGUUGCUUGUUAGACGCGCCCACAGGGUUCAUGGCAGCUGAGAGAUGAGUCUGUAAAGGGGUGUGGUGCUAGUUGGACACACCCACAGCAAAUAGCCAGUGUCCUGGCUCCUUUAAUUAAUGUGCCAUCAUGGUCAUUGUUCCGCUUACUGUAUUCACCUUCUAGUACCUAAGGAAAAGAAAAAACACACUCACAAGAGUUUCAAACUUUCGAAGCUCAUCUGCAAUAGAGAUGUAAUUUCAGGGAUCACAUGAUCACCAGUUCAUCCAUGUGCGCUCUCACCCUCCUAUCUAUAUCACUGGAACACACGUUUUGAAAAUCGGUCUCUUAUGACAUCACAAGUGGGCGUGUCCACCUUGAUGUGGGCUGAAUUGAUCAGUCUACCAGCCUACCCAGUGGACUGUAGCAAACGUUGCUCAUUUAUCCAGCACACAAUUAGGUGGAAAGGCCCACUUGUGAUGUCAUAAGAGACAGAUAUUCAAAGCGGCUUGUAACCGUUAAUCACACUCACACCUGUUGGCGUGAAAUGGGACCUUUAAUCAUUUUCUAGUGUGUGUUUCUAAGUCACUUUGUAGAAAGUAUAUUGCUAGUAUUUAAACAAACUUGAAAUGUUAAGUUUGGGUUUGUUCCUUUCUGCCUUUUGCCAUGAAACAAAUCCUAAAACAAUUCCUUGAACUUUUUCUAAAUACUUAUAUAGCACUAAUAGAUAGUGUUAUAUAAUAGAGGUUUGAAUUAUAGCCACUGUUCAUAACGGACCAAUCAGAACUCCUCAUAGAGAUUACAUCACAGGUAGCCUAACCCAUAUGAGAGGGAAACGGGUGUGAGGAUGGAGGGCCAUGAGCCAGAGAGGGCCCGGAGUCACGUAGAGAAAGAAUCAACUUCUAAUGACUAAUUCAUCAACCUGCUCUGGAUAGUUUUAUAUGUAAUCUCUGAUUCAUAAGUCAACCUGACAAAAAGUUAACAACAAGGUAUUUAAUAGCACUGCACCAAUGUACAACCAAUUAAACAAAAAUAUCACUCCUGUA